UCUCGUGUUGUUUAUUUGAUGAUAUUGAUUUAUGUUUUUCGUUUUCUUUCUGAAAAUGUUAUGUGUGAUCGCAAUAUGAGGCGUUGUUGGAUUGCAAGCUGCGGGAAUAUAUAUUCACUACCGCUGUAUGGUUUGCUUGGUUGAUCAGUGUCUCAUCCUAGGCUACUUCACCAUCUCUGUUAUUAUGGUGAAGCUUGAGAUUCAGUUCUAUAAAAGGCUCAGAUGCUGGGGUUUGCCCCCCCCCCCACCACAACCACAUUAGCUAAUGUGUAUGUCGAUGGCGGAUCAGUAUCCUCCAGCCCUCAAACUAGCAGAUUAGUAUUUUUCCUUAGCUACUAUCUUGGGGAAGUUCAAAAUUAUCGAUCAGAAAUCUAUGUCUGAUAGAAGGAGCAUCUGGGCAACCUCAAUGAAGCUGUCAAUGCCCAUUUUACAGAAGGGGACAGAAACUUAACUCAACAGACAUCUUUUACGUCUUCUCGAGCUGAAGGCAUGGAUAUAGAUGAUCCUAUGUCAUUUGAGUCCAAUAGACCUCCACCUUCCUUAUUACCAUUUGGGAGAGACUUAAAUCCAUUCUCACUCCUUGAUCCCAACUGCAAUAGAAGUAUUUAUGAUAGAGGUGAUGCUUCAAAUCGAACACCCUUUGUCUCACAUCCAAGAGAGGUGAGGGAGAUCCCAAUCGGGGUGAAAGAUGAGACUGGUGCUACUGGCCGUUCCGUUGGUGCUUCCAUCAUUGAAGAUGUAACUGGAUCUACACACGGACAUGGAACAGAAGUACGUGGAACAGUCAUAAUAGAUGAUGACGAACCCUUUCCAAUUUUACCACCUACACGUGCUGCCACACAUGGGACUGGAUAUAGCUCCAGGUUUUCUGAACCAAGUGCUCCAACUACUGUCGACUUGCCUGACUAUGGAAAUGAUAUAGAGGAAGAAAUGAUACGUGCUGCCAUUGAGGCUUCCAAGCAGGAAGCUGGAUUGUCAAGUCAGGAUUCUGAAGAUCCUGCUCCUGUGCUGACACAGUCCCACCCAGAAGAUGCUGAGUUUGCACAUGUCGUUUCCUUAUCAUUGCAGACUGCAGAGAGGGAAAAAGCUCUGAGGGAACGAGAGGGGAAGGCUUUACCCUCAGGAGAAGUUCAGAUAUCAGGGACUUCAGAUGAAGUAGGGAUAUUAUCUGCAAAUGGGAGGCAAUCUCAAUUGGAGGUCGGAAGCACAACCUUGCCCGAUGAAGCUGAGGAUGUGGAAGAUCUACCACUGGUCAGACGUAGGAGGAGAUUUGUGUCUUCAGCCCCUAUCGAUACUGCCGAACUUAGUGAAGACAUUGACGAUGCACCACCUUCGAGUCCUCCACCAGAAAAUAAUGUUCCCCGUCCCCACCAAAUUAGAAGUGAAUUCCCAUCUGAUGAGUGGGGGGGCAUCUCAUCUGUGGAACAUGAUGAAGCUGUAAUGCUUGAAGCAGCGAUGUUUGGUGGUAUCCCAGAAGGAGGUGGAUAUAAUUUCCCUCAUGCACCUCAUCAUCUCUCACAGAAUGGUUUAGGUGUCUCUACAUAUCCUUACCCCAGGCAUAAUCUUCGUCCUCCAUCUCCUUCUCUUACUGCUCAGCGAUUGAUACGAGAGCAACAGGAUGAUGAGUAUCUUGCUUCAUUACAAGCUGACCGAGAAAAGGAAUUGAAGGCCAAAGAAGAAGCGGAAGCCGCUCUGGCAGAAGAGAAACUCAGGGAGGAAGCAAUGCACAGAAAAUUGCAAGAAGAACAGGAAAAAGAGAGACAAUUAGCUGCAAAAGAGGCAUCCCUUCCUGGGGAACCAACUCCAGAUGAUGAGAAUGCCGUUACCCUCCUUGUGCGGAUGCCUGAUGGAAGUAGGCGGGGACGACGUUUUCUCAAGUCAGACAAGCUACAGAGUGUAUUUGACUACAUUGAUAUUGGCAGAGUGGUCAAACCUGGCAGCUACAGAUUGGUGAGGCCAUAUCCUCGACGUGCUUUUGGUGAUGGAGAGAGCCCCUCAACUCUCGACGAAUUGGGUUUAACCAGCAAGCAAGAAGCCUUGUAUCUGGAGCUGAUAUAGUUUAUAUGCUUAUUGUUCAAAGCUGCAAAGAAUACAGGCCAGUUCAAUACCAAUUUAUCUCAACUCUUGUAAGUGAUGUCGCAGUUGGUUUGUUGCUUUUGGUCGGAUGGUGACUAAUAUUUGUUUCAUUGCGGGCAUGAUUUCUGGCUGAUUUUUAUAUAAGUUAACUUGAAAAUGGGUUUUAGACUAGCAGUGGGUGCAUUAUGUCGUGUAAAAUCUACUGUUCCCUUGGGAGAUGGUCAAGAAGAGGCUUUUGCCUGGCCCUUAAAUUUA